CUCUCAGAUCCAAGAACCAACCAAGUAGCACUCUCCUGUGGCACUCUCAAACCUCCACCAAACACCAGCAUCAUCCCCGCUUUUGUCAAAGAAAUGGAAAGCCUUUCCCAGCUUAUCACCACCCACCAUUGGGGCACCCACUUUGUUAAUUCCACGCCGCCCAUGUACGGCUUAGCCCAAUGCUUCCAAGACCUCUCUCACACUGACUGCCUCCUCUGCUACGCCGCUAGUGGCACUAAGAUCCCUCGCUGCCUCCCCUCUCUUUCCGCUACCAUUUUUCUCGACGGUUGCUACCUCCGUUAUGAUAACUACAGCUUCUACCAACAACCCACAGACCCUUCUCGUGACGCCGUGAUCUGCAGCUCGUCAUCAAAACACGAGCUUGAAAAUGAAGAUCGAAUGGAGUUUGUGAAGAAUGUCGGGUUUGCCAUUCGUAAUGUUACUAAAGCUGCUGUUGACAAUGGUGUUUAUGCUCUGGCUCAGUGUUGGAAAACUGUAGGGCGUGAUGGGUGCAGAGCUUGCUUGGAGAAGGGAGGUGAGGCAGUGAGGGGAUGUGCACCAAAGAAGGAAGGGAGGGCUUUGAAUGCAGGGUGUUAUUUGAGAUAUUCAACUGAGAAAUUCUAUAAUGAUGAGGAACAAGCAGAGCAUAUGGCAGAUCAUGGUCGUGGGUUGUCAGUAAGUAGAGGAAUCAUCAUAGCAGUGGUUUUGGCAGCAGCUGCCUUCAUAUUGCUGUCUCUCUUUGCUGCUUAUGCAGGCUAUGCAAAAUUGGUACAGAUUAAACAAGAGCGCAGUGGUGCAUGGUUGGCUUCAAUAAGCAUCAACAAGUACUCUAGCUUGAAGUUCAAGUAUGAAACACUUGAAAAUGCCACAGAUUAUUUCAACUCCUCUAGAAAAAUUGGCCUCUAG